AUGACCGGCAUCGACCCGGCCACCCAGGUCGCCGUCGACAGCUCCGUCGGGGGCCAGACCGAGAUCGACGAGUCGCUCUACAGCCGACAGCUCUACGUCCUUGGCCACGAGGCCAUGAAGCGCAUGAGCUCCUCCAACAUCCUCGUCGUCGGCCUCAAGGGCCUCGGUGUCGAGAUCGCCAAGAAUAUUGCCCUCGCCGGUGUCAAGAGCCUUAGCCUCUACGACCCCGCAAGCACCGAGCUGGCCGACCUCUCGUCCCAGUUCUUCCUGACGCCUGCCGAUGUUGGCAAGCCCAGGGAUGCCGUCACGGUCCCCCGCGUUGCCGAGCUCAACGCCUACGUUCCCGUCAAGCUCCACGAGUCUUCCAGAGCUAUGGCUGACAAGUAUCCUCAAAGCCUCGACGACAACGCCCAGUUUGACAAGUACCAGGUCGUCGUCCUGACCAACGUUCCCAUCUACUACCAGCAGCGCAUUGCCGACUACUGCCACGCCAAGGGAAUCUUUGUUGUCAUCGCCGAUAGCUUCGGUCUGUUUGGUAGCAUCUUCUGCGACUUUGGUGAUGGUUUCACCUGCAUCGAUCCUACCGGAGAGACUCCCAACACUGGUAUCCUUGCCGGCGUUGACGAGGAUGGUAUCGUGACCGUUCUGGACGAGUCGCGCCACGGCCUCGAAGACGGGGACUACGUCACAUUCAGCGAGGUGGAAGGUAUGGAGGCCCUGAACAAGUGCGAGCCGAGAAAGGUUACCGUCAAGGGUCCUUACACCUUCUCCAUCGGCGACGUGUCCGGUCUCGGCCAGUACCAGCGUGGCGGCAUGUUCCAGCAGGUUAAGAUGCCCAAGACUGUCAAUUUCAAGACCUUCACCGAGGCCCUGAAGAGCCCUGAGUUUGUCGUCUCCGACUUUGCCAAGUUUGACCGCCCCCAGCAGCUCCACCUCGGUUUCCAGGCCCUCCACGCUUUCCAGGUCUCCAAGGGCCGCCUGCCCAACCCCCUGGACGAGGACGAUGCUACUAUUGUGCUGGAGGCCGCCAAGAAGUUUGCUAGGGACGAGGGCGUCGAGGUUGAGUUCGACGCCAAGCUCAUCAAGGAGCUCAGCUACCAGGCCAAGGGUGACCUGAGCCCCGUGGCCGCCUUCCUUGGUGGCCUGGCUGCUCAGGAGGUCCUGAAGGCUGUUUCUGGAAAGUUCCACCCCAUCAACCAGUGGCUUUACUUUGACUCUCUGGAGUCUAUCCCCACCAGCGUCCCUAGGACCCGCGAGCUCUGCCAGCCUAUCGGCAGCCGUUACGACGGCCAGAUUGCCGUCUUCGGCACGGAAUUCCAGAAGAAGAUUGCCAACGUGAAGCAAUUCCUCGUCGGAGCCGGCGCCAUCGGCUGUGAGAUGCUCAAGAAUUGGGCUCUCAUGGGCCUAGGAACCGGCCCGGAGGGUAAGAUAUGGGUCACCGACAUGGACUCUAUCGAGAAGAGCAACCUGAACAGGCAGUUCCUCUUCCGUGCCGCCGACGUUGGCCACAUGAAGAGCGAUUGUGCCGCCAAGGCCGUGCAGCGCAUGAACCCGGAGCUUGAGGGACACUUCGAGACCCUCAAGGAGAGGGUCAGCCCCGACACGGAGCAUGUCUUCAACGAAGAAUUCUGGCAGAACCUGGACGGCGUAACCAACGCGCUGGACAACGUCGAGGCUCGCGAGUACGUCGACCGCCGCUGCAUCCUGUUCCGCAAGCCACUCCUCGAGAGCGGUACCCUGGGAACCAAGGGCAACACGCAGGUGGUUCUGCCUCUCAUCACCGAGUCGUACUCGUCGACGCGGGACCCCCCCGAGAAGGACUUCCCGAUGUGCACUAUCCGAAGCUUCCCCAACCGCAUCGAGCACACGAUUGCCUGGUCCAAGGAGUACAUGUUCGAGAAGGCCUUUGUCAAGGCUCCCCAGACAGUCAACAUGUACCUGACGCAGCCCAAGUACCUGCAGAAUACUCUGAAGCAGCCCGGAAAUCACAAGGAGACCCUGGAGACGAUCCGAAACUUCCUCACGACAGACCGCCCGCGUACCUUUGAGGAUUGUAUCGCGUGGGCUCGUCUGCAGUUUGAGACGGAGUUUACCAACAAGAUCCAGCAGCUCCUGUACACCUUCCCCAAGGACAGCACGACCUCGACCGGUACCCUGUUCUGGUCCGGACCCAAGCGCGCCCCCGACCCUCUCAAGUUUGACACCAACAACCCGACGCACCUGGGCUUCAUCAUCGCGGCAGCCAACCUGCACGCUUUCAACUUUGGUAUCAAGCCCCCGACAAACGACAAGUCGUACUAUAUCAAGGAGCUGGCCGACGUCAUCGUCCCCGACUUCGUGCCGUCGUCGAGCGUCAAGAUUCAGACUGACGACAAGGAGGCCCCCAGCACUGCCGAUGACGACAACAACGAGCUGGACCGUAUCGUCGCCGCCAUUCCCGACCGUACGACGCUGGCAGGAUUUGAGCUGACGCCCGUCGACUUUGAGAAGGACGACGACAGCAACCACCACAUCGACUUCAUCACGUGCUGCAGCAACCUCCGUGCCGAGAACUACAAGAUUGAGCCGGCCGACCGUCACAAGACCAAGUUCAUCGCCGGAAAGAUCAUCCCGGCGAUUGCCACGACGACGGCGCUGGUGACCGGACUCGUGACGCUGGAGCUGUACAAGGUGAUUGACGGCAAGGACGACAUUGAGCAGUACAAGAACGGUUUUGUGAAUCUGGCACUGCCGUUCAUCGGGUUCAGCGAGCCCAUUGCCAGCGGCAAGAUCGAGUACAAGGGCGCGGAUGGCAAGACGCUGAAGCUGGACCGGGUGUGGGACCGUUUCGAGAUUGACGACAUGACGCUGGACCAGGUGAUUGCCGAUUUUGAGAAGAAGGGGCUCACCCUGACGGGACUCAUAUCGGGAGUUGCGCUUCUGUACCCGCCCGUGUCUUUUAACAAGGAGGCGCGGGAGAAGACGGAGAAGGCGCGCAGGGCGAUGAAGCUGAGUGAGCUUGUGCGGUCGGUGACGAAGAAGGAGAUUCCGUCGCACCAGAAGGAGCUGGCGUUUGACAUUACUGCCUCGGACGCGACGGGAGAGGACAUCGAGGACAUUCCUUUCCUGAAGGUCAGGCUGUAG